GUUCCUGGAGAUCUGAUCAUUUUCCCACCGAUUCACCGUCUGAUAAAAAGAUGAUUGAUGAUCAAGACUUGGGGUUUAUAGUCAAUUCUCUUGGCAUCUUCAUCUUCGGAUUGGUAAUUGCUUAUCAUUACGUAGCUGCUGAUCCCAAAUACGAAGCCACUUGAGUGAAUGUAUCUUUAGAUUAUGUAAGGCUUUAUAGUUUAUAUCUGUUUCAAACUGAGAAGAGAAUAACAACAGUCUAUGCUUAGAAUGAAAAUGUUGUCAAGAUGUUCCUAAUCCAUUUCACAUCUUUAUUCAAGUUUUGGUUUUCAAAUUUUA